AUGUCCAGCCUCCAGCGGCCCGUGGCUUCGUCCACCCAGGCGCAGCCCGUCUCCUUGAGCGCGGAGCAAGCCAAAGUGGUCCUGGCAGAAGUGAUCAAGGCAUUUGGAGCGCCGGAGAAUGCCCAACGCCUGGAGGAGGCGAGGGAGAACGCCGGCAACGACAUGGGCAAGAUGUUACAGUUCCUGCUUCCUGUGGCCACCCAGAUCCAACAGGAUGUGAUCAAAGCCUAUGGCUUCAGUAAUGAUGGGGAAGGAGUCCUUAAAUUUGCCCGCUUGAUAAAAUCUUACGAAUCUCAGGACCCGGAGAUUGCCAGCAUGUCUGGGAAGUUGAAAUCCAUGUUCCUGCCUCCAAUGAUGCUGCCUCCUCAUGGGGCAGGAACGGGGGCUCUGGCUGCCUCCUGAA